AAUGGUGGCCAGCGCUCGAGUACAGAAGCUCCUUCGCCGAUAUAAACUAGCGAUCGCCGCCGCAUUAACUAUCCUCCUGAUCCAAGGGCUUGUCGUAUGGAGCCUGAGAAGUCUAGAAGAAGGCGAGGCAGAGAGAAAAAUAAGACGGUCUAAGCUGCCUGACCACAACAGCCAGGACCCCAAGAGAGACACUGCACUUUGGGAGAAACAAAAGUUUUUGUCAGGGAAGAACAGGGGCAGAUGGAGUGGCAGGUUGGAGAAGACGGGGGGCACAGCAGCCAGCGCGCUGAGGAGAGGGACCAGUCGCAAGGGAGAAAAGCCCAGCAUCAGGCUGAAGUCUCCCCAGGAGCGGGGGACGAGGGGAAACGGAGUGGAUGGUGUGGUCCUCCACGACCUGUCCAGCAGCCGUAACUUCAACGAGACCCGCGGUGGCACUGAUGGCGCAGCCAGGCUGCCUGCCGCUGCCAUACUGGGGGAGCCGGGCAGCGUGGACGGGGCGCACCAAGCCCCCAGCAGUGACUUUGUGCCGAAAUGUGAUAUUAUAGGCAAAGACGCGCUGUCUGCCCUUCAUCGCGCAGGGUCACAGCAGUGCCGACAGGAGAUUGCCAACAUCGUGUGUCAGCAUCAGGCUGGGCAGCUCAUGCCAGACACACUUCCUCAGUUCUGCCCACAGCUCGGUGUAUCAAAUCAGGUCCAGGCCGUUGGUGAGCUGGACAACAGCCUGUCACAAGUGGAGAACCCCGUCAGAGUCGCUUUUGUUCUGAUGGUCCAUGGCCGCGCCGUACGGCAGCUCAAGCGCCUCAUCAAAGCCAUAUAUCACCGUGAACACUACUACUACAUCCAUGUGGACAAACGGUCCGGCUACUUGCAUCGGGAGGUCCUGCAGAUAGCACAACAGUACCCAAACGUUCGAGCCACGCCCUGGCGGAUGGUCACCAUCUGGGGUGGUGCCAGCUUACUGAAGGCCUACCUACGCAGCAUGCAGGACCUGCUCUCCAUGCUGGACUGGAAGUGGGAUUUUUUCAUCAACCUCAGUGCUACAGAUUUCCCCACCAGGACCAACGAUGAACUGGUGGCAUUUCUGUCACAGCAAAGAGACAAGAACUUCCUCAAGUCCCACGGGAGAGAAAAUGCCAGGUUUAUUAAGAAGCAGGGCCUUGACCGUCUCUUCCAUGAGUGUGACAACCACAUGUGGCGUCUCGGCGAACGCAGCAUCCCAGACGGCCUGGAGGUCUCAGGCGGCUCUGAUUGGUUCGCGCUCACCCGCCGCUUUGUUGAGUACGUCAUCAACUCCCAAGAUGACCUGGUGUCAGGGCUGAAGCAGUUCUAUUCCUACGCUCUGCUCCCUGCUGAGUCUUUCUUCCACACCGUGCUCGGGAACAGUCACAUGUGCGACACUCUGGUGGACAACAACCUGCGUGUCACCAACUGGAAUCGUAAGCUGGGAUGUAAAUGCCAGUACAAGCACAUCGUGGAUUGGUGUGGCUGCUCUCCCAACGAUUUCAAACCACAAGACCUCAUUCGGAUCCAGCAAUUGACCCGUCCGACAUUCUUUGCCCGUAAGUUUGAGUCAACAGUGAACCAGGAGGCCAUAGACAUCCUGGACACUCACCUGUAUGGCCAGUAUGCUCCAGGCACUGUUGCCAUCAAGGCAUACUGGGAGAGUCUGUUUGAGCAGCUGGACGGCGUGGGCUCACUCAGCGACGUGGCUCUCACUGCUUACACUUCUUUCUUUCGCCUGGGCCUCAAGAAUCUGGCGACUAUGCAGAGCAACACCGAGGCCUGCAGGUUUGAACCAGUAGGCUACCCUCUGUCAGUGCACUUGUACUUUUAUGACGACCGUUUCCAAGGGUACCUGGUGCGGCAGGAAGUCCAGGCUGUGGGUUCAAAGGUCAAGGAGACACUGGAGAUGUGGGCAGUGCCCCAAGCCACAUUUGUCCUGGAGACAAACCUUAAGGAGUUUGAAAGGCUCAAGAAUCUGGAAAUUGGAACGGAGUGGGAUCCUAAAGAGCGAAUCUUUCGUAACUUCGGUGGGGUGAUCGGCCCUUUGAACGAACCACUGGCAGUCCAGAAGUGGGCACGUGGUCCCAACCUCACAGCCACUAUUGUCUGGAUUGACCCAGCUCUGGUGGUGGCAGCAUCUUAUGACAUUACCGUGGAUGUGGAUGCAGAGUACACCCAGUAUAAACCCCCUUUGCAGCGCCCGCUGCGGCCCGGUACCUGGACCGUACGGGUGUUAAAACAGUGGGAGCGCGUGGCGGAGGUUCGCUUCCUUGUCAUGCCCUUAACCUUCAAAGAUAAGGAGCCACUACGCAAAGAAGAGGACAGCUGGCUACACGCAGGUCCUCCAGGUAACCUGUACCUGGAGCAGAGCUUCCAGCAGCUGAGCUCCGUGCUCAAGCUGCCGCCCCAGGAGUCUGCCACGCAGGAGGCCCAGCGUAAAGCCCAGCUGGUGGGCCAGCUCCUCGAAGCAUGGGUGGAUAGCAGCGUAGGGGCAUUCUGGGUUACAGGCGACCUGUGCUCCGCACAGACUUCAUCUUGCCCAGCCAUAGGACUUUGCUCCAAAACCUCCUGGAGCUCUCUGUCCCCAGACCCCAAGUCUGAACUGGGUCCAGUCAAAAGUGAUGGGCGGAUCAGGUAGCCCCAGGAGAGGAGAGACUAUAGAUCUCAGUACACAUGCAGGAAGACUGAGGGAGAGCUGGGCCUGCACUGCAGAGCUCCAAAAGAACCUGUGUGAACCGGAUAUUAUCUCAGUGUUUGAGUCAGAGCUCAAGGGCACAUAAACAACAAAACAUCUGAGACAUCGAGACAUUCUCAGUGAAGUGGGAAUACAGACUUAAAAGAGGAGGAUAUGACUGCUGGAAAUUUGCACAUAGAUGUUUGCAAGCGCGAAGGCUUGUUAUUGUUUUGUGAAUGGUGACACAGAUGCCAGCUGCAUCGUGUUAUUUUGCUGGCACACAGGUUUUCAGUCCGGGUCUGUCUGGGUCAGAGUUUGAAAAGAAACCUCUGCGCAUGUUUGAACACACAGCUCUCAGUUUUUCUUCUGCUUUGAAAGAAGCAGGAAGCUGUUGUCAGAACUCAACAACAGGCUCCUCGCUGUGUUCUGUCUUCAUUUCAGUGGAGAGCAGAACAUCUGAGUCAUAUUAUUGUGCUUAUUUUGAAGCAUUAUUAUGUAAGCAUAUGGAGCAGGCAGAUGAAGUGCACUUUACUGUAAGACUGUAAUGUUACACAGAAGUCACUUGGUUACAGUGUGAGACGUUAAAAGGUCAUGGAUAAGGUCACAUCACUUCAUUUUAUAGUAGACUCUAAGAUGUCCCUCCCAUGCACAGAUACAUCGCUAAAUACUUCCAACCUGUACUAGUUAAAAAUGAGGAAAAGGAGUGAGGGUUCUUAGGUUUAGAGUCUUAUUUGUGUCUUUUUUUUAGUUCUAUUUAAUGUGUCAUAACAUUUUUGAACAUGUAUGUAGUUGUUCUGUCUGUUAGUUCGCUGAACUGGCUGUAAAGUGUUUAGUUCUCUUUCAUGUCCGCUGUUACAAAAAAAGCCACUAUGAGUUGUUUUUCUGGUCAAAGGAAGUGCCUGAGAGUGACAGCAUCGAGGCUGCAGAUAGUGAGGUUACAUUCAGAUUUCCUCUGAAAUAGAUGACAAUCUCAACUCAAAAUGUUGUGUGACAACUGAGCAGCCCCCACCUGAUGAUGAAGACCACUGACGUAGUUGAAACCUUCAGUAAAUAUGUCCCAGUUUCAGUUUUGAAGGUGAAAUCCUCUGUAUUGGCUGUGUUUUAUUUUUGGGGGCUCCAGAAUUUUGUUAGUAAUUUAGAUAAAACUUAAAACGAAUAGUCUUGUUAAAUACGUCCAUUGGCUUUCUUGGCGAGAGGCAAAUGAGAAGGUCGAUGCUCAUGGUUGCAUGGUGAGCGUGAAGCUACGGCCGGGAGCCAGCUAAAGACUGGAAACAGAGGGGAGCCGCUAACCUGGUUUCCAAAUCAGACAAAGUCAGCCAUAGCUCCCUCGUUUGUUUAAUCCGCACAAAUAAUUAAGUGUAAAAACCACAAAACGCUGUCCUACAGAUGGUUAUGUGCUAGACUAUUUCUUGGUGGCGACAAGGAAUUUAAUGUCUGACUACCAGCGUUUCUUUGUCGGGUCAGUUGCCAGCGAUUUGUUAAUUUUUGCACAGAUUAAACAAGACUCAUGUAACCUUUUAAUUUGUGAUGCUGGCAGGAGGAUUUUGUUGCAUUUGAACAGAGCCAGACUGGCUAAAAUAGAGUCGUUCCUGUAAUGUAGCCCCUCAACAAGACAGCGAAAAUGCGUACUCCCCAAAGUGUCCAACUUUCUUUUUAAAUGCAAGACUUUUAAGUUGCAAACUUAGGUAGACACAAUGUUACCGGCAUGGAUAUAUCCAGUAAUAUGCAGUAUUGUCACUUUGUGUGCUCCGUUUGCCUCCGAGGUUGGUAAUUGUUCACAUUUUAUUUCCUAAGGUGUAUUUCAACAGACCACUGUAUGUUCCUGAUUUUAUUUUUGCUGAUCAAGAGAAUCUAAGCUGCCUUUACAUAGUGGUAAAGAUGAAUUGUUUACUACAGGAGAAUAGCUUCCAGAGAUGUGCAAUGAAUGCCUUUUCAGAGGAUAGUGAAACCCCCCUGCCUGUGUCUUAGUUUGCAUUAAUUACCUAGUUUUAUUUUCUGUUCUUAAUUAAUAGUCGGCCACAAUAUGAGUUUUCAAGUGACCUUGUUUACCUUGCACAGCACAGUUGCUUCAGUGAAGCCCCAGUUGUUGAUACAGGAGAGCAGAAUGAUAGGCGUGACAGAUGUUAUUUUUCUAUACUGUUUGAGAGGAAGUGUGUGUGUUGUCUGUUCAUCUCCAGUGCUCUGUUAAACUAUUAAAAACUGCUGUCUAAUUAUGUUGCA